UGGAAAGCUGAAAUGAACAUGACGAUCCUAGGAGGACAAAAGACAGUCCACCGAGGAGGUGGUAACGGUUGAUGAUGAAGAAAAAGCGCUCGGCCAGUCGAUCGGCCAGAAUGGCUGUUCUGAAAAGAGCGAGUGAGCGUCGAGCAAAAUCCUGUUUUAUUGUGGUCAUAUUUUUCGGCGUCUUUGCUUGCAUGCUAGUGACUGAAGUCUUUUAUGUGGAAGAACAGCGUUGGCAAGAUGAAAAAUUCAUAUCUAUGUUCUCUUUCGGCAAAGAUGCCUCGCAAAUGCCGGAUGAGUUUAUGGACCCCAUAUCUUCACGGGUGGCCAGAGAACUAGCGCGAGUAAAAGAAGACGACGCUUCAUCUUCUAACGAAACUCGUCAGAGGCACCAGUUAUUUGCUUUGUCGAACUCAAUCAUCAGCGAAGAUCGUUGGCAAUUAGUACCGAACACUAAAGAUAAGUUUUUCGUAUAUUCAGCCUUUUAUGACGAAAGACGAACUAAAUGGGUUCGUGUAAUCGCAGCUGCUCGCACACGACUGGCGGAUAAGGUGCUCUGCCAGUUCUCUUACAAAGAUGGCAGAGAACCUUACACAAUUGCAGGAAUCAAUCGGCUCAUUAGAGAGAAUUGGAAUCUGAAGUACAGUGCUUAUUUUAUUUUAUGUCCUCUCAAACAAGUUAAUGUUCCCGUACCUAACCAUGUAUCUAUCAUCCGACAAGGAGACAAUACGGUGUCCAACAAGCUUGUCGUUCAUGACAAUAAGAAACUGUACACGAAACCAGAAGGCAUAGCAGUGUGCAUUAAACCAUUGCAUUACGAAUACAAUAAAGUCAAAAACUUGAUCGAAUUUAUUGAACUUAACAGAAUUCUAGGAGUCAAUCAUUUCGUACUCUACAAUCACACAAUAGGUGCAGAGGUAGAGUGCAUUUUGAAAAAGUAUGAGAUCGAAGGUGUCGUCACUGUGCUUCCAUGGCAACUUGAUAUCGUAUCUCAGAAAGAGAUACGCACCGAGGGACUUUUCGCAGCCCUCAAUGACUGUCUGUAUCGAACUAUGUACAGAUUCCGUUAUGUUCUAAUGAUCGAUUUAGAUGAAUACAUUAUUCCGCACAAGAAUUCCUCUCUAACGGUAAUGCUGGAACAUUUGAAUAAGAAAAACCAGGAAAGGACUGGCGCUUAUUCAUUCCAGAAUGCUUUCUUCUAUCUGCAAUGGCCCAACGAUACUUCAUCAUCAAGCCUGCCUUACAAAUUGCUUACAUUGCAAAAGACCAUCAGGAAAUCCAAGUUCCAUGCUCAUAAGCAGCGCUCUAAAUGUAUCGUUCUUCCAGAGCGCGUCGUGGAAAUGGGUAACCAUUUUGUUUGGGAAUUUAUCGCUGGGAAAACUAUGAUGAACAUUCCACCAGACAUGGGAUUUCUCCAUCACUAUAGAGUGUGUGAAUUCGGUGGGAAUGAUUGCAUCAAUACCACACACGUAGUAGACCGCCGUAUGUAUACGUGGCGGGAUUCACUGAUUGAAGCAGUUGCACUGAGAUUAAGAUUGCUUCAACCGGUUUGUGAAAAUAUUCUACCUUUCUUGAUAGUGUAAAAUGAGUUUUCAAUUUUUUUUUUCUUUUGUAGUUCUUUUUAAAAGAUAAUAAAUGGAAAAACCGACUCAAAUUUUUAUCUUUGAAAAUGCAGCACUUCGACAUUACGAAAAGAUUAACAUGAAAGACUGCAUUAUUUAGAAGUGCUUUUGUUGUUUUCCCCAAAAAGUGUAUUUUCAAUUAUUACUCUUAUUUUUUACGAUUGCAAUUUUCAUAUCGAUUAUGCAAUGUUGUAUUCUGAACAAAUAUAAUCGUACGAUUAUUCAUACAGAUUAACCCUUUGUUAUAUUUCAUCUAAUGUAUAAUACAAGAAAGUCAAACAAAUGUUAAAAGUGAAUCUCUGCUAAAUAAUUCCUCUCAGUUUAUCUCCGAAAUCCAUUGCAAAUCAGAAAAAAAAAAGGUUCUUACUCAAAACUCUUUGAGAAAGCGCAAACCAUUGCUAAUAAUUUAAAACAGAAACUUCUUCCAAAUAAUUCCAUAAAUAUAUCUUGCUGCUAUGGAUAUUGCUUGACGACUUACUGGAAUUAUCAUCAACCAUGCAAAAUGGUAAAUCAUUACGAAAUGUAGAGAAGAAUUACCUGAGAUUAUCAUUUAAUUAAUAGCGAUAUUCAUUUACCGUCUUGAGAUCUUUUGUUUACCUAGUCAUCGUUCUGUUCCCUUCCUGAACAAUGGCAGAAAUAUGUUCUGAGAUUUAAGAACAUGUUCAUGACAUCAUCAAUCUUCAUCUUUAUUCUUCAGAAUUUUAUAUUAAUUUAUUCUCAAAUUCUAUUAUACAUAAAUUUUGUGUAAUAUUCAAUGUAAUGCCACAGUUUUAUUUCCUGAUCUAUACUGAUAUAAAGUAUGAGAAAUUUCUGCAAAUCAUUUCAGAAAUUUGGACACUGUUUGGAUUUUUACCAUAAUCAACAGAAGUGAAGCAAAUUUUUUAUAAUGUAUACUAAUAAUUAUUUUCUGCUCAACAAUGUCAAGCAGAUAUGAUUAUUGACUCACGAGAGUCCAAUAAGCCUACUGGACAGGAAGUUCUGAAUGUAUUAUAGAACUCAUAUUUUAAGAUGUGAAUCUAGUCAUCGAAAACAUAAUUCAGUUGCAACAAAUCUGUGUUCUAGUUUCUGUAGGUAUUAUUGAAAAGUGUCGUUUUUGAAACUAGUCAUGAAAAGUGAAUUAUAGUGCUAGUCUUAGAACAAAAAAAGCAGAAAUCACCUCAUUAAUUUUUCGUAUCAGUACCUUCUGAAUGAAAUGUAUGUUAUUCUUAUCUGUAAUUAUAAAAUAUGUACUUUGUGACGAUUCUCAAUUAUGGAUAAAUAAACCUUUGUCAAAUA